CUUAUCGGAAAAAUAUCCAUACUCGACGCAUAUAUAAAUCGGUGCAUGCAGUUGGCAGUUACAGAGUUGGGAGUUCUGCAAUCAUGAACGCUUUAAACAUUCUUCUUGGGCUCGGUCUCGUAGUCGCGGCGUACGGCUUCCCUGGAGGCCAGAUCGUCGGCGGCAAAGAUGCACCGGCUGGAAUGUUUCCGUACCAAGUUUCCCUCAGGAAAAAUGGAAACCACUUCUGCGGUGGAUCUAUCUUGAAUAAACGCUACAUCCUCACUGCAGCUCACUGUGUCCAGGGGCAGUCACCCAGCAGCAUAACCGUUCACGCUGGCACAAACCUCCUGAGCUCAAGCGGAACUGUUUAUAAAGCGGAAAGGAUUGCUGCCCACUCCAAAUUCAGCAGUUUACUUCUCGUUAACGACGUGGCUAUAAUUCGCGUCAAUAAGGACAUCUCUUUCAAUGCGAACGUUUCACCGAUCAAACUGGCCACUAGGGACGUCGCUGAAGAAUCAUCCUGCACCUUGUCAGGAUGGGGAACGCUUAAGGCCGGAGGAAGUCUGCCCAACAACUUGCAGUACAUAAAUCUGCGUGUUGAAACUCAGGCAAAAUGCAAACAGACCUACUGGAAUGUGCGCGAGUCUCACAUCUGCACACUCACCAAAUACGGAGAGGGAGCAUGCAACGGUGACUCUGGUGGCCCCCUUGUUGCCAACGGCCAACAAAUCGGUAUCGUAUCCUUCGGACGUCCAUGCGGUAUUGGAAGCCCUGACGUAUACACAAGAGUAACGUCAUUCUUGUCCUGGAUCGACCAACAGCAAACUUUGCUUAUGAACGAAGAAGAAGAACAGCUUGAAAGCGAUGUAGUCUGACUCAUCUGACUACGCGUUCCUAAUUGUUCCAUUAGGCUUUAAUAAUAUUUUUGCCAAUGAAGUUUUUGUAAUACACGUACUGAAGAAUUUUUCUAAAAUAAAAUAUAUUUUCACAAU